AUGUCGGCAAAUGAUGUGGUGAUCAGUGGUAUGUCCGGUCGGUUCCCUCUGUCGGACACCACCGACGAGUUGGCCCGCAAUCUGUACGACGGCGUCGAUAUGGUUACCGCCGAUGACAGCCGAUGGCCGACAGGUCUAUACGGCAUGAAUUCCCGUUUUGGGAAGAUUACGGAUUUCAAUAAGUUUGACGCAAGCUUUUUCGGGUUACCCGACCAAAUGGUUAGCGAGAUUGACCCCCAGGCGCGCAUAGUGUUGGAAGUGGCCUAUGAAGCUAUCGUGGACUCAGGCACCAAUCCGCAGGACCUGCGUGGCGGCAAUACUGGCGUAUAUGUGGGUCACGUAUCGAUAUCAGGCAGCGACGGCUACCCUGAUGCUGUGCAACCGGACUCGGCCACCUCCCUGUCGCGGGUCGCGUUCAAGACAUUUGGUAACAUGAAAUGCCUACUGGCCAACCGAAUAUCGUUUGCACUCGAUUUGCACGGCCCGUCCAUGACGGUGGACACCGCCUGCUCGUCAGCGGCCAGUGCUAUCAUUAUGGCCUUAAACGAUUUGACACUGGAUAAAUGCUAUGUGACUUAA